AUGGCAACAACUCCCUUAUUGAACAUACUCAUUGAAAACAAAUUGAACGAAAAUAAUUAUACGGAAUGGAAAAGGAACUUGAUAAUUGUCUUGAGUUGUGAGAAACUUAAAACAGUUCUAGAUACUAACUGCCCACCAGCCACUCAAGAUGAGGCUAGAAAACGCUGGGAAGAGUUUGAUGAGAUAGCUCAUUGUUAUAUGCUAGCAAGCGUGACCAAUAUUCUGUAUAAGCAACUAGAGAGCUGUAAGAAUGCUAAAGCGAUUUUAGAUAAGCUAGAAGACAUAUUUGAAGGCCAAGCUGCCUUGGAUCAAUAG